AUGGCAGACACCCAGGCCAAGCUGCAAGCCCUCUCAGAGGAGUUUACCAAGUUGCAACAAGACCUCCAAGAUACGGUUCAGUCGAGACAAAAGCUAGAGGCACAGAUGCAGGAGAACCUCGGAGUACAAAAGGAGUUUUCCAAGUUGAAAGAAGGGGAGACUAUCUACAAGCUCAUCGGGCCCGUGUUACUCAAGCAAGAAAAGGCCGAGGCGGAAAGCACCGUCAACGGCCGGCUGGAGUUCAUCGAGAAGGAGACGGUAAGGCGGCGGAAGACCAAGACCAUGCCCGCCACGGCUUCGACAAACAGACAUGACCUAUCGUGGUCAUCGAGCCCAGCAGCGAUGCGAAACGACUUUUCCGUGACGAAGGGGGCAGAUGUGGUGUCGAAGAUGGAGUUUAGAAUGCGCUCGAGAGUGGCCGGCUCCGCGAGGAUGUUUGAAGGAUCGUUAAGGUCGAAGAUUUGCUUCAUCUUGCUGAAACACUGGGUGAGGAGACUGAACAGGCAUGCCUCUGACGGGAUGGACAACCGGCCGAGGGUGAGGCUCAGGAAGUCCAUGGACGACUGGAUGCUUGCUACGAGGGUCAGCCGGAUGAUGGACAGCAAAGCUACGAACAUAAGCACCUUGGCAUCUGAGGCUCCCAGAGUUGGGGCGUGA